AGCCGACCAGACCUUCCGGCACAGUGUAUUGUUUCUGAGCCGCUCCUUGUUUAUUUGGAAACUUCAGCCUUUGAGACUUGAUGCUUUAACUUUUAACAGAAGAAAGAUGGUGCCAUCUGAAUGCAUUUGGUGGUCUUGGUUUUCCCAUCAAUAUAAUUCUUUCAUGGCAAUUGACAGACCGUACCUCUUCCCACCAUGUGACAGGACAUCUGAAUUGCUUUGAUUUUUUUCAACUAAUUUUCAGAAAGCUGAAGAACAAGUCUAUUUGUUUAGCUGUGAACUUGCAAUAAGCUGGUACAAUGAGCAAUAGAAGGAAACGUACAGCCCCAGUGCGGGUUGAUGAAGAAACAAAGAAAAAGCUAAGCUGGAAUAUGUGUGAUGAUUUGAAGGAUCUCCAUCCACUUGCUCUAUCAGAUGACAGCAAUAAUCCCUCAGUGAUGAGCUCGAGUCUCCCAGGAGACACAGAGACAAACCUCUUCCUGCCUAGCAGUUUGAAACUGGACGAGCCAUUUAAUGUCUCUGUUGUGACUCAGGUUGAGGGUGGAGAAGGUCUUUUGCCAUCAAGUACCACCACUCAGAUCAGCCUUAUUAUCUCGUCAGGCCACUUGGGUGAAAAGUGGCGAGUACUGCUGGACGAGUUUACCCUCCAACUUCCACCAGGGCAAGCAUUUCCGGAGGAACUGUGGUGUCUUAGCAUCGGCUUGAUGAAGACCAAUACUGAUGAUGAGCUGCGAAUCUCAGUCAACAGGAAAUGUGAUGAUUCUGAGAGUGAUGGCAAUGAAGAAUUCAUGAGCUGUGUAAGAACUUCACUCAAUUACAAGGUGCUGGAGGAUAUAACGUGGCUUCAGAAAAAGAAUGUAAUUGGAUUGUUCCAAAACAAAAUUGAAGACUGUCAAACACUGAAGAUUGGUAUAUAUCUUCUUGAGUCUGGUUUGGGAAAACCAGAGUUCCUGAGUGAAGGAAGCUCCAGGAUGAAAAAGACAAAUGCAUUGAUGCAGAAACUCAUGGAAUAUUUUUAUGACUUAACAAUUCCAGAAAACUCAAACAUCACUGAAGAAGCUGAUAAAGAACGUGAAAGGGAGAACAUUGAAGAGCUUUAUGAUUUUGUACGGCAUGCGCACCAGCAAGAAACUCUGUACAUUGAGAAAGUUCAACACCCUUUGCUUGUCCCAAGCCUCCGAGAGUAUCAGUGCCAGGCUGUCAGUUGGAUGCUUCAGAGAGAACAGUGUAGUGCUGGCCUUUCUUCGAGCAAUAAUGCCCUCCAUUUGUUAUGGAAAGAAGUCAAGACAAAGGAUGAAAAGAAAAUAUAUUAUAAUCCAUACACUGGUUGCAUUAUUCGUGAGUGCCCUCUUCCGAGUGCUGAUUGGCCUGGAGGAAUCCUUGCAGAUGAGAUGGGUCUGGGGAAAACUGUGGAAAUGCUGGCACUCAUUUUGACUCACACACGUAAAGAAAUGAAACUAGACUCUCUGUCACUGCCAGAGGGGACAUCAGUAAAUUACUACAUGCCGCCUCCAUUACCUGCAGCCUCUGACAAAGCAAUUAAGCAGAAAGUUGAUGUCAAACCAAAGGAAAAAGCAAACUAUCCUAGCCUAAGAAAAAUGCUAAUUACUGCAAUAAAGGAAAUGAAGUUGAAGAAGGCAAUUUCUGUCAGUGCAAUGUAUAAGUACAUCACUGCCACCUACAGAUAUGAUAUUCAGCGAAAUCGCCACCUAAUCAGGAAGACUUUAGCCAAACUUAUUGCAGAACAAAUGAUCGAACAAGUGAAAGGUCAUGGAUUAGCUGGGUCUUUUAGGAUAGGAAAGAAUUACAAAGAAGAAGUGAAAAGAAAUGGAUCAGAAAAACAGAAACCAAGCCCUGUGAAAAAUGUGGUGCAUGUAUUUCCAAAUAAUGAUCAAGAGGUGAAAAGAGAAGAAGGCAACAACAUUCUGAAUGCCACAGUCUCUGGCAACCCUUUGACAAAUGAAUCCUUUAUGUGUCUCCUGGAAAAUGAAAAUGGCGAUUGUGGGGAAACUAAGCAACACCAAAAUUUGGAAAAUCUACCAGUAACCUCACAGAAUUUUGAUUCUAUACAUGAGGUUCCUGACGGACAGUUCGAGAAGAUUCCAUCUGGACAAGGGAGCAUGGAGAAUACUGGAAUUAAUCCUCUGCAGCUGACAAUAAAUGAUAAAGGUUGCCCAGAUGGCCUCCAGAGAGAUUCUCAAGGAGAUCUAGGUGUACUAAAUCACUCUAAAGCCCCCCUUGCCUGUAACAAUUCAAAGAGUCAUUUCGAAUGUAUCUGUGGAGAAAGUGGACUGGCUGAUUAUAAAGCGCGGGUGCAGUGUCUGAAGUGCCACUUAUGGCAGCAUGCUUCAUGUGUAAAUUAUAAGGAAGAAGACAUACAGGUCAGGCCGUUCUACUGCCCACACUGUCUUGUCACAAUGCAGCCUGUGCCGACAUCUGCAACCCUCAUCAUCUCACCCAGUUCGAUUUGCCAUCAGUGGGUGGAUGAAAUUAAUAGGCAUGUGAGGUUGUCUUCCAUUUCCAUCUUGAUUUACCAAGGUGUGAAGAGACAUGGCUUUAUCCAACCUCAUGCACUGGCAAAGCAUGAAAUAGUCAUUACAACCUAUGACGUACUCCGAUCAGAGCUAAAUUAUGUCGAUAUUCCCCACAGCAACAGUGAUGAUGGACGCCGAUUACGCAAAGAGAAGCGCUAUAUGGCCAUCCCAAGCCCGUUGGUUGCAGUGGAAUGGUGGAGAAUCUGUCUGGAUGAGGCUCAAAUGGUGGAAUGUGCCACCGCUAAGGCUGCAGAAAUGUGUCUACGGUUAAGUGCCAUCAAUCGUUGGUGUGUCACAGGAACUCCAGUCCAAAGGAGCUUAGAAGACUUGUAUGGAUUAGUUUUGUUUUUGGGUGUAGACCCUUACUGGGUUAAACACUGGUGGGACCAACUUCUAUACCAACCUUACUGCAGGAAGAAUCCAAUUCCAAUGUACACCCUUAUCGCAAAAAUCAUGUGGAGAACAGCAAAAAAAGAUGUGCUUGAUCAGAUCCAGAUCCCACCUCAGACCGAAGAAGUUCACUGGCUACGAUUUUCACCAGUAGAAAGACACUUUUACCAUCGGCAGCAUGAGAUUUGCUCCCAGGAUGCACUGCAAAAGCUGAGGAAGAUUUUCGAUUGGAAUACCAAGUUGAGCAGUUUGGACAGGCGGACAGUUAGUUCCAUUUUGUAUCCCUUGCUGAGAUUAAGACAAGCAUGCUGUCACCCACAGGCUGUACGAGGAGAGUUCCUCCCACUGCAGAAGAGUACCAUGACAAUGGAGGAACUCCUAAAGUCUCUUCAGAAAAAAUGUUGUACAGAAUGUGAAGAGGCUCAUCGGCAGCUAGUGUGUGCUCUUAAUGGAUUGGCUGGCAUUCAUAUUAUCAGAGGCGAAUUUGUAACAGCAGUUGAAUAUUACAGAGAAGUUCUGCGUUCAUCCGAAGAGCAUAAAGGCAAACUUCAAACAGACUCUUUACAGCGCCUCCACGCUACUCACAAUCUUAUUGAGCUCCUCGAGGCAAAUCACCCAGGGAUCCCUCCAACCCUUCGUGAUCACAAGCUUCGGGAAGAAGCUGAACAGCUUAGACAGCAUUACAUGAAUAAAUCAGAUUUGGAAGUUUCUGCCGCAUGUCAAGCUUUGCCACCAGUUCAGCAAAACAUCCGUGAACUACAGCGCAAGAUUCGCUCUGGGGCUCCCUGGUGGCUUGGUAUCAUUGAGUGUGUACAGCAAGCUGCUCUGGCUGAUGAGCUCGUGACAAGGGUACGAAAUGAAAUCUCAUGUAACUACAAACAGCAACCUAACAAACUCUCCAUGGCUGAAAAGUUCCAGGACUGCAGAGGCCUGCAGUUUUUGCUGACUGUGCAAACGGAAGAAUUGAAGAAAUCACAGAAGACAGUGCAGGACUCUGUCAAGAAUCUGGAGAGCUCUCCAUCACAAGAAGAAAUUCGACUCGCCACAGUGUGUCAUCUUCGUCCUGUCCGAUUUCCCCUAAACAAUUGCCAGUUCUGUAAAGCAGAUGAACUAUUCACAGAGUAUGAAUCCAAGUUGUUCUCGCAUAGUGUUAAGGGGCAGAAAGCAAUCUUUGAAGAGAUGAUUGAAGAUGACGAGGGCCUGGUUGACGAACGUUUGCCAACCACAAGUCGUGGGCUGUGGGCUGCAAGUGAGACUGAACGUGCUUUAAAAGCCAUCUUAGCUUUUGGGAAGACGCACCGAAUUGAUACCUUACUAAUAGAAGAAGGGAACAUCUUCAUGGAACUGCUUGAGUUGUGGAAAAAAGAAUACAAGUUGCUCCAUGAAUAUUGGAUGGCACUACGCAAUCGGGUUUCUGCCAUUGAUGAAUUAGCCAUGGCAACUGAGCGCUUUCAAGUGCGUCUUCCAGAUGAGCCCAAGCCAAAUCUUCCUGUUCUUCAUAUCAUUGAGUCACAUGAGGUGGAACAAAAUCGAAUAAAGCUUCUAAAUGACAAAGCUGUAGCCACAUCGCAAUUACAGAAGAAGCUUGGUCAAAUGCUGUACCUCACAAAUUUGGAGAAGUCUCAGGAUCCAUCAACAGGCGGUGUCAAUCCAGAUCCCUGUCCUAUCUGUUCACGGCAAUUAGGACAGCAGUGGGCUGUACUGACUUGUGGACACUGCUUUUGCAAUGACUGCAUAGCCAUUAUAAUAGAACAGUACAGUAUUGGUGCUCGGCGAAGUGCUAUCAAGUGUGCAAUUUGCAGACAAACUACAGCACACAAAGAAGUCUCUUAUGUAUUCACAACUGAGGCUGCAAGCAAAGAAGAUGAAUUUCCCAUUAAGGGUAGCCAUUCUACCAAAGUGGAGGCUGUGCUCAGGACAUUGAAAAAAAUCCAGCGGAAGGAGCCUGAAGCUAAGGCCUUGGUCUUCUCUACGUGGCAGGAUGUGUUGGAUAUAAUUGGGAAAGCCUUGUUGGACAAUAACAUGGAUUUUGUUCAGAUCAAUGGAUUUCACAGGUUCCAGGAGAAUCUGUCAGCUUUUAAAUACGAUUCCAAGAUCAACAUUUUGCUCCUGCCUCUGCAUACAGCAUCGAAUGGCUUAAACAUCAUUGAAGCUACCUAUGUACUGUUGGUGGAACCUAUUUUAAACCUUGCUCAUGAGCUACAAGCAAUAGGGAGAGUGCAUCGUAUUGGGCAAACAAAGGCAACUGUUGUUCAUAGAUUUCUUAUUAAAGGAACAAUAGAGGAGAGGAUGCAAAGUAUGCUUAAAAGUACUGAGAAAAGUCACAACAAGUCUAUGAUUGUACAGUCGGAAGCAUCUGCCCUGACUGUGGGGGACCUGGCAGAUCUCUUCUCAGAGGAAGAGCGGACUACUGAUGAAUGAACAAGGAUUAUCAAUGUAUACACUGAAGAUGAAUAACAUACGCCCUCUGCUUUAUUAUCUUCUAUGGAGUCUGAACAUUAUACAGAAAAGGGCUUGAGCUUCACUUGGACAAUAGGGAAAUGUAAAUAGAUCAGAACCAGUGGUGUAAUCUAUUUAAGGCACAAGAAAUUCUACUCGUGUUUAUCAAUAAGCUCAAAUUCUAGAAUGUUAAAUAUAAUAGGGAAUGACUAGUAAGAUGUUCAAUGCUGUGUGAAGGACCAAGGUCAGGUUUGAAACAUUGAAUCAGAAUGGGAACAGUCGAACAAUGAAACAGUUGGCUCAAAGUUUGCUAUAGCAAGACAUUAAUGGCAUCUGCCAUUUGUUAGAUACACCCCUGCAUCCUUCAGCACAAAACACUUCUGUCCACUAAAUUGCUAGAAAUGCAAACUGGUAAUGGUGUACUAAGAGAAAUAGGGACCUGAAUGAACAGGGCCUCUGCUUAAUGAAUCAGCUGUAUAACUGGGAAAUAAACAUAGGAAGAAUUGCAGAAGCCAUGUAAAUUAAAAGGUAAAUUCAUUGUUAAAUCAGGUACAAAAGAGAAAUAUAAGGAAAGAAGGAUUAGAUUGAGAGAGAGAGAAAAAAGGAGGCAAGGAAAGGAAGAAAAAACCUUAAUUUCAAAUAUGCUUUUUUACUAUUUUCUUCAAACCUGUCAUGCUUGAAGGGAUGAGAUUCCACUGGUAUUGGUUAAUUUUGGGUGCCAGAGAAGUAAAUUGGCAGCAAUUACCCCUUAACACAUUAACAGAUAGUUAUGUUUAAAAUCCAUAGAAUCCCUAAAGUGUGGAAACAGGCCACUCGGCUCAAUAAGUCCAUACCGACCCGUCGAUGAGCAGACCUGUCCCCUAACCCUGUGUUUUCCGUGGCUAACACACCUAACCUACACAUCCCUGUACACUAUGGGUAAUAUAGCUGGCCAAUCCACCUAACCUGCACACCUUUGGACUGUGGGAGGCAACCGGACCACCGAGUGGAAACUAAUGCAGACACUCGGAGAACAUGCAAACUUCACACAGACAGUCAUCCAAGGAUGGAAUUGUACCCAGAUCCCUGGCACUGUGAAGCAGCAGUGCUAACCACUGAGCCACCAGACUUAACUUGCUAUGGUGAGUUCAAGGGGCAAAUGGAUGUAUCUUUUUAAGAAAAGAAGGGAGAGCUAAAUUCAAGAUGUUAUUGUGAUAUAACUAAUGGCAGAAUCAACCAACCUGGACAGUAACUCUUGAAUAUUUACGCUUGAACUUGCAUCGGUUCCUUGUUUGCAAUUAUGCCAUUUAUGCAUUAUUUUCUCGGCAGGUCCUGCCAUAUGAAGAAUGUCUGCAAUGAAGCUGAAAAUAAUAUGAAUAUAAAAUCAAUUCCAAUUUUAGAAAAAAAUCAAUCAAAUUGGGGAUCUCCAGCUUAUCAAUCUGAGCGUCACUGGACUCGAAAUGUUAACUCUCUUCCUAUAAAUGCUGCCAGACUUCCUGACAACAAAUUCUGUUUCUGUUUCAGAUCUCCAGCAUGUGCAAUUCUUUGUUUUAUCUCCAGAUUAUUGUUGAAUAAUGCAAUAAGAGUGUUUGGAGAGUGGAGAAAUGAACUUUGGUCAGACAGUUUGGGUCGUAGAGGGUAGAAUUUGAUUACAAAAUGUAUGUGUUGGGUGAAUUUGGAACUCUGGUUGAAGAAUCAGUGGACUUUGAAAAUGAUUCACUAUUAUAGGAAUAAAUGAAUAGAUGGUUCCCUCCAAUCCCUACAUCAUCCUGACGGGAACUCGAUUGUAGUUCCUUCACUGUUGCUGCGUCAAAGUUCUGGAACUCCCUUCCUAACAGCACUGUGGGUGUGCUUGUACUAGAUGAAUUGCAGCAAUCCAAGAAGGCAGCUUAUCACCAUCUUCCCAAGGGCAACUAGGGACAGACAUUAAAUUGCCAGUAAAACUCCAAUUCCAUGAGCAAAUCUAAAAGGAGACAGUGUCUUGACAGUAGAACAUUUCAGAACUGUAUUCAAGUUGUGACCUAGAUUAUGGUCAAGACCUGAAUCAUUGCUUGAAUCCAUGACCUUCCAACUCUGAGGUAAAAGUGCAGCCAUGUAUGCCAGCUGACAUUCAAAUACUAAAGAGAAUGGGCUUUGACAUGAGAAUUUAGAUAGUGGAGGCCAUGAGUUGUUUUCAUGAGUUGCAUUUCCACACAAGAUUCAAAUGUAAAAGCUCAAACAGUAAAAUUGAUUGAAGAGAAUUCUUGUUGAGAAAAAAGGGACCAUAAUUUCAUUUGACAGUCCAUAAUUGAGAUGCCACCUCAGCAGCACUAAAUAAUAAUGGUAGAAGAUUUCCUGCUUUUAAUCAGGCAGCGCUAUUUGUAAUAUGUUUCCUGAAUGGAACUGUGUAAUUCUUUUUCCGUAUUUAGAAGAUUGGAGAUGUAAAAUAAUUAUUUUACCUAUUAAUACAUAAUUUAUGACACAGUUUGGGAGAAAUUCCUUCUGUUGAUAUUUUUAACGGACAUCUUCCUGUGGCUUGUCAAUGAGAUUUCCUAUUUUGUACUCACUCUUGCUUUUGCUAAGUUAUCAGUGGAAGCUGUUUCAUUCCUCAGUACAUUAUUCAUGCAAAGACCACAUGUUGCUUAAUAUACUUCAGUUUCAAAAUUUGAAUAAACGGUUUCUGUAUGAUUUUGUUUUCAAACUGUAAAGAAAUCAGUGAGCAAGUUAGUUUAAGGUGAGCUUUUUCUUCAGCUGUUCAUGUUUUGGAACUCCAAAACAUUUCACAAAGAUUUCAGGAUUAAUACCUGGAUGAAUAUGAAGUUCUUAUGAGUUUUUACUCUCAAAUCUGCAGCCGAUACUCUGAAAUAUCAAAAGACAUUGAAGCUCUAAUCAUUGAAGAUGUAGAUUUUAUACCUUUGAGCUGAAUUGAACCACACUGCAAGAAACAUAGACUUUAAUUUAUUUAGCAGAUUUUCACAACUUUACGGCAUCUGAAUGCAUUUGACAGCUAAUAAAGUACUUUUGAAGUGGUGUUGUUGCGAUAAUGUAGAAUAUAUAAAAGCCAGUUUGUGCUCAACACGCUCCUGCAAGCUGCAUUAAAAAUAAACAUCAUUACAAGUGUUCACUGAGAGAUGAAUAUUCCUCCACAAAGGCCACAAACAGAUUUUCCUUGCUAUUCAAAAUAUGUGAUUUUUUGCACUACUCAAGAGGGUAGACAUGGCUAUUGUUUAAACGCCUCAUCACAAAAGACACCAUCUCUGACAGAGGAGUGCUCUGUCAGUAUUGGAGUGUCUGUUUGGAUUUUGUGCUCAAGUCUCUGGAGUGGAGCUUGAAUUUGCAGCUCUGAUUCCAAGGCAAAAGUCCGACCUAUUCAGCUAUGGAUGGUGCAUUGUGAGGUUCCAAGGAGGUAAGGUACAGUAUAUUGUUGAACAUGGAUUUUGUGUUAAGUCAUGCAUUAUAUCUCCACCUGAACUGUCGAGUAUGUGAAGUGUCAAACUUGUAAAAUAUUUAUGCAGCCAUAGUAACCUUUAUAAAUGCAAGAAUUGCUGAAAAUCUUUUCAAAGCUUUUUCUUUGGCAUUCGUUUGGAUAAUUUGUGGAGAGUGUGCUAAUUGUUUGGUAAGUGGUCUCAGGUAGAGGCAUUGCUAUGGAGAAUGCACUCAUUAAUGCUGAUCGACAGUUAACUGCUCAGUGUGAUGUCAAAUAUGUAAACCAUACCAUCAAUCAGCCUUUGAAAUAUAUCAAAAAAUAUAUGGCUUUUUGCAAACAAGGAAUGUACUCAUUCUGCCUGCACUGGCAAAACCUACAAUGUAGUGUCUGACAUUAGAUGUCAUUCUGUAAUUAGCCAAUACAGGUUACUUGUUGGAUAAUUUUGAGUGUGCAAGGACGUAUGCUGACAACCAAUUUAGGAUUGUCAGUUGGGCUCACAAUGUGGUGCACGUAUAUGUACUAUAGAGAGCCCUGUUCUUUGACAGAAAAAACAUGUACGUGCAUUGUACUUACUUCAAUUCAACAGAUUGCCCUGACAAAUGGGGCAGCAAAUGGCUAUGU